CACCCGCGUGGACAUACGCCUAAUUUAGCAAUAGAGCAAGCAACCUCCCUAGCUUCACUCACUCUGAAUCUUAGUUGCUUUAUGCACCGUAUAAACGACGACGAAUAUUUGAGAAAGAAAGAUAGUUUUUUCUAACAAUGGCAGAUCGAAUACGGGGUUCAAUCGGAGAAGAAGCUCGCACAUAUAUUUAUAUCCUUCUCUACAUCGUCCUUUCUAGUGGGCAGAUAUUCUUCAAUAAGUGGGUUUUAUCAUCCAAAGAAAUCAACUUUCCAUACCCUCUUGGAUUGACUCUUCUUCACAUGGUCUUUUCAUCCGUAGUGUGCUUUAUCCUUUGUAAAGUUCUGAAGCUUAUGAAGGUUGAGGAAGGAAUGACUACAGAAAUUUAUGUUCAAUCUGUUGUUCCAAUUGGAGCAAUGUUCGCGAUGACUUUGUGGCUGGGAAACACUGCAUACCUCUAUAUAUCUGUCUCAUUUGCACAAAUGUUGAAAGCCAUCAUGCCCGUGGCAGUUUUCCUACUUGGUGCAAUGGCUGGACUGGAAGUAAUGAGCUGCAGAAUGCUUCUUAUUAUGUCUGUUAUCAGUUUUGGAGUUCUUGUGGCUUCCUAUGGGGAAAUAAAUGUUAACUGGAUUGGAGUUGUUUACCAAAUGGGUGGGGUUGUUGGAGAAGCGCUGAGGCUCAUCUUCAUGGAGAUUUUGGUGAAAAGGAAGGGUCUGAAGCUAAACCCGAUUUCCGUGAUGUACUAUGUUAGUCCCUUCAGUGCUCUAUGUCUCUUCAUCCCCUGGAUAUUUCUUGAAAAGCCAAAGAUGGAUGAAGCUAACUGGAGUUUCCAACCACUAACUUUGGCUCUCAAUUCUCUUUGUACUUUCGCACUCAAUCUAUCAGUUUUCCUGGUCAUAUCUCAUACAAGUGCACUGACAAUCCGUGUUGCGGGGGUCGUUAAGGACUGGGUGGUCGUCUUACUUUCAGCUGCUUUGUUUGCAGAUACAAAGCUGACAGUUAUCAACCUAUUAGGUUACGGCAUUGCUAUUGCAGGUGUGGCCGCAUACAAUAACUUUAAGUUGAAAAAAGAAACUCACCGACCAAUCCCGGAUGAAGCUCGCGAAGAUGAGAUGUCAACAGUGACAUUGAUUCCUCAAAAAACAGAUACAUAGAAAGACGGGUCUCAGAAUUAGUCUUGAGUUCGUUAAACAGACACACGAUUCUUUAGCUGGUACAGGAUACUUGUCAUCUUUCCACGAAAAACUGUAUAUGAUGAGAUAAAACCUCCUGUGUUGGAGAUUCAUUAGAGAUUGGAGGGACCAGGAAAAGGGACAACGAAGUUUCUUCUUUUGAUACCUCCUGAAGUUUGUUGAUUGUAUUCUACAUAAAAUGAUUUGUUGUAAUUUGUAAAGCCACGAUGAGUAACUGUUGCUCAACUCAAUAUUUAUUUUUCUGUAUCAGUAUCAUGUUCUCUUGUUAAUGAUCUUUGAGUAUUAGGAAUAAAGCCAUCUGAUCGUGUGAAUUUUUCC